UUAUUGCCAAACUGUGCGCCAUCUGCCACACGCACGACUCCACAACGCCUCCGCCAUGCACACACAAGUCAACUGUCCGACUUCACAUGCAUUAAAACCGUUGGAACAGGCUCCUUUGGUCGCGUCUGCUUAGCUCAACACAAACACAACAGACGACAUUACGCCAUUAAAAUUCUCCAGAAAGCGAAGAUUGUAAAGCUAAAGCAGGUGGAGCACACUUUAAAUGAAAAAAAAAUUUUAUCCUGCAUCAACUUCCCCUUCAUUGUCGCCCUCAAAACGUACUUCAAGGACCAUUCAAACCUCUACAUGGCUCUUGAAUUCAUCAACGGUGGUGAAUUAUUCUCCCUCAUUAGAAAAGAAGGCAAAUUUAGAGAGGAUACAGCGAGGUUCUACGGAGCUCAGGUCGUGCUUGCGCUACAAUAUCUGCAUUCCAUGGACAUCGCCUACAGAGAUUUGAAGCCCGAAAACCUGCUCAUCGAUAAACAUGGGUACCUCAAACUAACUGACUUUGGAUUCGCAAAAGUCGUUAAAGGCAGGACCUGGACCCUCUGUGGAACUCCGGAAUAUCUUGCCCCCGAAAUCAUCCUCAGUAAAGGCUACAGCCGGGCCGUUGAUUGGUGGGCCGUUGGCGUUUUAAUUUUCGAAAUGAUUGCUGGCUACCCACCAUUCUUUGCUGAUCAGGCCUUACAGGUUUACGAGAAGAUUGUUGCUGGAAAGGUCCGAUUCCCCUUUUUCAUGAGUACGGACGCCCGAGCUUUGCUCAGCAACCUGCUUCAAGGUGACACAACAAAGCGCUAUGGCAACAUGAGGAACGGUGUAGCAGACAUUCAAAGUCACGUCUGGUUCGCGAACAUUGAUUGGGUUGACAUUUUGGACCAAAAAGUAAGAGUUCACUGUUUGCAAUUUCUAACUGAAGAAGAUUCUCGUCUACGUCAACGUGACCGUUGA